UAAGGACGCCCACUCUCCCCACCUUUGCCCACUUCAAUUAUCUCUCUGAUCUCUCUCUCUCUCAACUGGUUAUAUAUGCUUUACGUGUUCCUUCUUUGUUUCUUUCUUUAAGUUAAGCUUGCUAGCUCUUGAGUGCUUUCGGGCUGACAUGGGACGCCAAGCAGUACUCGCCGGGUAUGAUGAUCAUACCCAGAUCGCCAAAGGAAAGAGCACCAAGCGCCAAAGGCUCAUGUCCCCCUAUGGUGUUAUCCUCACUUCUAGCUCAUCAAGUACUGGUUGUGCUAUACCUGGUACUGCCAGUAGCGAUAUUGAUGGUGGCAGCGGAGGUGGAUUUGGAUCCUAUGGUUCAGUUUCGUCAGGAACAACUUCUGAGGAUGUAUAUGACAGCACUGAUGAUCAUCAGGAAGACGAAGACAUGGCUAAUUGUCUGAUACUCUUGGCCCAAGGGGAUGCUCCAAGGCGACCUCUCCAAUGGAAUGAUCCGAUGGAAAGGUUUGGAGUCCGAAAGUUCUCUGAGACGGCCACCGGCAAGGGUGGGUUCUAUGUCCAUCAGUGCAAGACUUGUAACCGGACUUUCCCAUCGUUUCAGGCGUUGGGCGGGCACCGGGCAAGCCACAAAAAGCCUAAAGCCAUGGUGGGUCAGGAGAUCAGAAAAGCACCAAUAACACCGUUCACAGAAUACCCUGAAGAAGCACGAUUCAAAAGAAAUAGUUCUAGUCCUUCAAAACCUCUCCAAACAGCCAAUAUUAAAGGUAUGCAUGGUAACAAGGCCAAAAUCCAUGAGUGCUCCAUUUGUGGCUUGGAAUUUAUGUCUGGUCAAGCGCUUGGCGGCCAUAUGAGGCGGCACAGGCCGGCUUCAACAAGCUCCCAAGUGGCCAUGAGCAUCGACGCAAUUAGCACCACCAUGGAAGACUCCCAGCACGUUGAAGUCAAGCCAAGAAAUAUUCUAUCUCUGGAUCUUAAUCUCCCGGCGCCGGAAGAAGAUCAGACUAUGUUGAAACUUACAACGGCCCAGCAAAGCCUUGUCUUGAUCUCCUCUCCGGUCUUGGUGGAUUGCCAUUACUAGCUAGGUAGAGGAGGAAAAGAUUGUUGAUAUAAGUUUGUUUUCUCAAUGUGAAUUAUAUUAUCGUUAGUUUAAUUGACUAUUAUUGAAAAUCAUCAAUUCUUUGAA